AUGUUUAAAUCAAAUGCCAAUCCGGUGAUUGGACGUCCUGGUAUAAUCAACAGCGAAGGUAAAUUGUGGAAGGAUCAAAGAAGGUUCUUGCACGACAAGUUGCGACAGUUCGGUAUGACUUAUAUGGGCAACGGAAAGAAACUGAUGGAACGCAGGAUUAUGACUGAAGUCCACGAACUGCUCUCCACCUUGAACGCCACAAACGGAAGACCGACUGAUCUAAGUCCAGUUUUGGCAGUUUCCGUGAGCAACGUCAUCUGCAACAUCAUGAUGUCCGUUCGGUUCUCAAUCGACGACCCCAGAUUCCGUCGGUUCACUUGGUUAAUCGAAGAAGGCAUGCGCCUUUUUGGAGAAAUCAACACUGUCGACUACAUACCAACAUACCAGUACCUUCCUGGAAAAGCUUACGCCAGAAACAAAAUUGCAAAAAACCGCGAAGAGAUGUUCAAUUUCUACCAAGAAGUCAUUGAUGAGCACAGAAGGACCUUUGAUCCAAGUAACAUCAGGGAUUUAGUCGACACGUACAUCGCGGAAAUCCAAAAAGCCAAAGAAGAAGGACGUGAUGGAGAAUUGUUUGAAGGAAAAGAUCACGAUCAACAAAUUAUGCAGAUCAUAGGCGAUCUUUUCUCAGCCGGCAUGGAAACCAUCAAAACGACAUUGUUAUGGAUCAAUGUGUUCAUGUUAAGGCAUCCGGAUGCCAUGAAGAAAGUUCAGGAAGAAUUGGAUCAAGUUGUGGGACGUGAUCGUUUACCAAGGAUAGAAGAUUUGCCAUUCUUGCCAACUACAGAAAGUACAAUUUUAGAAGCUAUGAGAAGAUCAAGUAUUGUUCCUCUGGCUACGACGCACUCACCCACAAGAGAUGUCCAUCUCAAUGGUUACCUGAUCCCCGCCGGAUCCCAAGUGGUGCCCCUGAUCAACAGUGUCCACAUGGACCCCACGUUAUGGGAUAAACCAGAAGAAUUCAAUCCAGGAAGGUUCAUAGAUGCCGAAGGCAAAGUUCACAAACCAGAAUACUUCAUGCCUUUCGGAGUCGGAAGAAGGAUGUGCCUUGGAGACGUCCUGGCACGAAUGGAACUUUUCUUGUUCUUUGCAUCACUGAUGCAUACCUUCAAUGUUUCUUUACCCGAAGGAGCAACUGUUCCUAGUUUAAAAGGAAACGUUGGAAUCACAAUCAGUCCUGAUCAAUUCCAAGUUGUACUGACACCAAGGCCGUUAAAUGCACCAUUGGUUUCAUCUCAGGAAGUUUUUAGGAAUAUUGGAGCACACUAG